AUGGCCGCCUUCUUCACGGCCGCCCUGAAGAGCUUGCAGGGGGGGUGAGAAGGAGCCCCCCAAGGAGCCCCCAAGGAUGGCAAGGCGGCCACGCUGCCCAACAACAUGGCCCGUGAGGAGUUUGAGGAGUACCAGCGGCAGCUGCUGGAGGAGAAGAUCGAGCGGGACAAGGCCUUUGCGCAGAGGAAGGCAGAAAGGGUCACUGUGCGGAUACACCUGCGGGACAAGUACCACCUGGCCCAGGACGAGCGGGAUGAUGCUCAGCUGCACGUGGCUGGCAGCGCGGUGGAGCUGCCGCAGGAGCUGGCUGCCAUGGUGCAGAGUGAGGAGGAGGAGGAGGAGGAGGGAGGUGGCGCCGGGGCCUUCGCUUUCCUGACAAAGCUGCGGGAGGUGGACCUGCCGGCGCUGCAGGACCGUGCUCUGGGCAGCGUGGAUGAGGUGAAGGAGAAGUGCGCCCUGAUGUAG